UCCUUGGGAAAAAAAAGGAGUCGCUCUGAUGGAACUGCAAAGCCUGUAUGUGAAAUGCUAGUGCAGAUUUUUUUUUAUCAGUCUAACCUCCUGUGUUGAUACAUGAAUGCUGGUACCCACUUACAGGGAUGCCAGAUGAUCAGUGCAGAAUGAAGGUCCCAAGGGAACGCAUCAUGUGGUUCUCUGCCCUGUGACGUCACUAGCAGAUGGCAUGGGUACCAGCUCUGGCAGUUGGCAUCAAUGUCACUUUUUUAGAGAUCAAUGAGAUACACACAUAUCUAGACUCCUGGAGACAAUGCGACAUUCGGACUUACUCUGAAGGCGAAAAAAUGAAAUUUGGAUGUUGAUUGAAUAAAUCUGAAGGUGGUUUAUUCGUAAGCAGAAAUGUUAACACUUCCAUUUGACGAAUCUGUUGUGAUGACGGAGUCGCAGCUAUGUAGAAAGUAUGUGCGGGAAAAUGAGGAGCAAAAAUCUGUAAAGAAAUUAGAAGGUUGUGCUAAACAGAUAGUAUCCCAUGGGAAAAAUAUCAAAAGAACACCUGAAGAGGAAACAGAGCAAGAAGAAGAGGAGGAGGACAAGGAAGAAGAGGAUGAAAAUGGUUUGCCAAGGAGGAGGGGGCCAAGGAAAAAAAAGAUGACCAAGAUUAGAAUUGAAAGGAUUAAACUAAGACGGGUAGAAGCCAAUGCAAGAGAAAGGGGGAGAAUGCAUGGUCUAAAUGACGCCCUGGACAAUUUAAGGAAAGUUGUGCCCUGCUAUUCUAAGACACAAAAACUGUCUAAAAUAGAAACUUUGAGGCUGGCCAAAAACUAUAUCUGGGCUCUGUCUGAGAUCUUGCGCAUUGGGAAGAGGCCAGAUCUGCUCACCUUUGUGCAAAACCUAUGCAAAGGUUUGUCCCAGCCCACCACAAACUUGGUGGCUGGGUGCCUGCAACUCAACGCCAGGAGUUUUCUCAUGGGUCAGAGUGGUGAGGCAGUCCAUCAUGCAAGAUCCCCAUAUACUUCUAUUUACCCUCCAUAUCACAGCCCUGAGCUUAGCACCCCACCAGGUCAUGGGAGCCAUGACAAUUCCAAGACAGGAAAGCCGUACAAUUACUGUAGUGCUUAUGAAUCUUUUUAUGAAAGCACUUCUCCUGAGUGCACCAGUCCUCAGUUUGAAGGUCCCUUAAGCCCUCCCUCCAUGAACUAUAAUGGGAUAUUUUCCCUGAAGCAAGAAGAGGCCUUGGACUAUGGGAAAAAUUACAAUUAUGGCAUGCAUUACUGUGCAGUGCCAGGCAGAGGUCCCCUCGGGCAGAGCUCUAUGUUCAGGUUGCCUACAGACAGCCACUUCCCUUAUGACUUCCAUCUGCGCAGCCAGUCUCUCGCUAUGCAAGAUGAAUUAAAUGCAGUUUUUCAUAAUUAAUGAGGAAAAUGAAUAUAAACAGUGGUCAUUCACCUCCCUCCCCCAAUCUAAUUAAGAUAAAGCAGAUGCUUGUUCACACAGUAAUUGACACAGCUCAAUUAAGGUAUCGCCACCGUCCCUAAAGUGUGUUUUAAACUUCUGUGCUCUAGUUUGUUUGUUGGUUUGUUUUUUUCCCUCUACAUUUUCUACCAUAUUUAAAAGAAAGCCCGUCACUCCUGAUCCUUUUAUUAGUUGAAUACUGUGAUUUUGCCCUGCACUAAAGCCGUAUUUUAUGUUUAUUUGUUAAGCGAUCUGUUAAGAUUACGUGAUGAAAUAAAGAAAUGUACACUACA